UAAUUGAAAGUCUCCAUCUAUAAAUACACCAUCUUUACUUCCCUAAAUUCAGUACCAAAUUACAUCAUUCAUCACUCCACUUUGAAAACAACAACAAAGAAAAAAACCAACAAAAAGUCACACACACAUUAAAACACAUCAAAACCCAUUCAACACACACUUUUCAUCAAACAAACAUUUUUUAGUUCACUCAAAAAAAAAAAAAAAAAAACUUUGCAUCUAUAUAUCAUGGUUAAGACAGAGAUCAACAAAAUCAACAAAGAAAAAUCAAAGGCAAUGCAACAAAAAACAUCAUCAUCAUCAUCAUCAUCAUCUUCAUCUUCAUCAUCAGCAAGAAAUGCAUCAAAUGAGAUGAAGAAGAAAUACAAAGGAGUUAGAAUGAGGAGUUGGGGUUCUUGGGUUUCAGAAAUUAGAGCACCAAAUCAAAAAACAAGAAUAUGGUUAGGUUCAUAUUCAACUGCAGAAGCUGCAGCUAGAGCUUAUGAUGCAGCACUUUUAUGCCUUAAAGGUUCAUCUGCAUCAAAUCUUAAUUUCCCUUUAGAAAUUUCUUCACAUUUCAUUCCUCAAGAUAACACUGCUAUGUCACCUAAAUCAAUUCAAAGAGUAGCUGCUUCUGCAGCAGCAGCAACUGCAAGUGCUGUUAGUAACAAUGAUAUUGCUAUUAACACCCCACCACUUUCUCCUCCUCCUAAUCAUGCUUCAACAACAACAACAACAACUUCAUCUUCAAUUGUUUCUUCUCCAUCAAUGUCAUCUUCUCCUUCUGAUCAAAUUGAUGAUGAUGUUUCACUUUUUUCUUCUUUUGGGCUCCACUCUAGCUGUGGUGGUGAUUAUCAAGCAAAUGAAUCAAUGGCUAUGAUGGAUUCUUGGUAUGGUUUUGAUGAUUUACAAUCACCAAAACAUGUUGAUCAAAUGAUGCUAAAUGGUGCUUUGUUUGAUUUUGAUUCAACUCAAGUUCUUCUUGAUGAUUGGUAUGAAGAAGGUGACAUUAGUUUGUGGAUGAUAGUUCUUCAAGUUAUUAUUACUGACUGUGACAAAAUUAAGAUUAUAUAUACUCUAGAAGAUAUUCAUAAAGAGAAAAGACAAUUUUUGGUCUCUCUUUUGUGAAUUUCUACAUAUGUGAGAUUUUAUAUGUAUUAUUAUUGAAGCAAAACUUGUUAUUUCUAUUUUACAAAUAUUUUACCUAAUGAUAUGUAAUUUACAUAUGAAGGAGAAUAAAAAAGUAACAUAAAUCAAUGUCU